CGAUGAACCAAUUCUUGCAGUCGACUCGAAAGUGGAAUACCCCAUACAAUAUUUACGUGUUUGUUUUGAUUUCUCAUUUGACAAUUUACCCAGGAAUUCUUUGUAGAGUAUUCGAUUAGUUUAGUAAUUCAGUCGAAAUGUUCACUGGUGUCGCACCGUCUAAAGAUGCCUUCUUGAAUCAAGCAAGAACUGCCAGAGAAAUAAGACAGAAUGCAAAAUCACAGAACGAAUCAGCCAUCAAGAUUCAGCGAAUGGUUCGUGGGUGGCUUUGUCGUAUUAAAUUAUGGAGAGAAGUCAGAUUGCAAUUUGAUGCUGCGUUUUCGGAGACAAGCAAACUUUUGUCCAUAGAUGCAUUUAAAAUAAGUAGAAAAGUAAUUAAAACUUUUGACCCCACAAAAGACAAGGAAAGAUUGGAAAUAUAUUGCAGAUAUCUAAUUGCGAGCCUGGAGCAAGAAUCACCCAAGUUGAGCUGUGUAGGAGUGGCACUAAAUAAAGAGCAUGCAGUUUCAUGGAUUAACCAUUUGAAAAAAGUUUUGGAACUAUGCCUUUGCAUGAUGGAACAACUAAAACCUGAAUCUCCCCAUGAUUCCAAACAGUUAACAAUAUAUCUACACUUGUUGAUAAGUUUCACAUCCAUCACAGCUUGGAAAAUUUUAAAUAGUGGGAAACUACCGGAAACGUUAAAAAAUGGUAUGCAACAGUUAUGCAACAAUGUUAUGGGUCACCUUGUGUCUCUCAAUUAUUACCCUGUACUAAAGACCUUAUUGCUCCGUGGUUUAUGCGGCCAACGAAGAUAUCUUAAACACGCGGCCGUUUCUGCGAUUAUGACCUUGAGUUUGAGACCAUUAUUAGCUUCUGAAUUCUCAAGUCGACUCCUAACCUUGUACAUACUGAACAUAUUUAGCGUUCCUGGAUUUAUUCUUCACCUUCAAGCAAUUACUCCAGAGUCAGUAUCGCAAUUCAAGUCAAGUGCACUUUUAACGCGGAUUCUGGAAUUUCUGAACGCUGAACAAAACACUCGUAUCGUAUUCCACACCCUUGAGGCCACGUUUUCCAUUUGCCUACUAGGAAACAUUAUUCAAAUGACUCAAAUGGAAGAGGAGGAAUCUCUGAAGAAUCUAAUUUUUCCCAAUUUUGUUUGUUUAGUUUGUAGGCUCUUGGAACAUUGCCAAAGAUAUGUGCAAUCAAAGCAAUCUAACUUAACACAGUGGCAUCCUAUCUUGGGGUGGUUUUCUAGCAACGAAAAAUCCACUUCUAUGUUGGACGUUCAAGAGACCACUCCCUUGAUAAAGCAACAGCUUAGUUUUCUAUGGACAUCUCCGUUGGUUCAGCAACUCACAGCCUGCUUGCCCGUUGCAGAACGCCAAGAAUAUAAUAAUCCGGAUCCACGGAAAGAAACUCCUGAUGACAAGAAUUUGGUCACAGCUUUCAAGAAAGCACUUGGCAAUAGCAAAUCCAGCAAAGGCAAUCAAGUCGUCUACCCCACUCGUAAACUUGGGAGUCCUGAAGUCACACAGGUUGCCCUAGUCGCAUCAAUGUACCAAACAGCCUUAUCUACUCUGACUCAGAUGCGAAUGGAUAUUUUGACGGCACUCAGCUGUAGAGAAAACUUUCUGCCAAAUCUAUGGCAUUUUAUCAGUUCAUUAGGACCAAAUCAUGGGUUAAAAACCUAUCUGGAUUUACUGUCUGUCGAUUCCAAGCGUCUUUCACCCGAGUGUCAGAUGCUUCACCUUUUCUGCGAAGGAACUACCCAUUUUGUUACCGUUCUGGAUGACCUAGAGAUGUACGAAGAGCAAAAGCCCUUCACGCUGUUAGAGUUUUGCAAUGUUUCCUCAUUUCUCAAUCAUUUCAUGUUCAAAGCCAUCUGGAAUGGGUUGGCCGACGCUUCUUCUUUUCAUUCCUAUGGGUCGUCGGCAUCGAAUUACAACCUAUUUCACGCAGCUCAUACAUUGCUAAUGGUUGUCUACCGACGCGACUGCAGGCGUCCAUUCGCUCCCAAGGACCACUGGCUCGUCAAGGACGUGAAGAGCUCACUUCUCGUAGCCGAACUAGAGCGUGGGAGGCAAUCUGUUCAGCUGCUGCUUCAAAAGAUGCCUCACGUUAUUCCAUUGGAAGAUCGGGUUUUGUUAUUUCGCAAGUAUAUCUCUAAUGAGAAAAAUGCCCUGGGGCUGACUGAAACAGCUUCGGCAUCACCACAAUCUAUCCUGAUAACAGUCCACAGGUUGCGUAUGGUGGAGGACUCUUUCCGGCAGUUAGCAGAUCUGCCGAUGCAACUAUGGAAAGGCAUCAUUCGAGUCAAAUUUAUUAAUUUACAAGGUUUAGAUGAAGCGGGCAUCGAUCAAGAUGGAGUUUUCAAGGAAUUUCUCGAGGAAACGGUUCGAAAGUUAUUUGACCCUUCCCUCAAUUUGUUCCGUUCGACUAAGGACCAACGUCUUUAUCCAUCGCCCACUUCCUAUUUGACAGAUAACCACUUGCAUUUGUUUGAAUUUGCGGGGAAAUUACUCGGAAAAGCAGUUUAUGAGGGUUCGACAGUUGACGUUCCUUUGGCGUCGUUUUUCCUCAGUCAAGUCUUGGGGCAAACUCACAGCGUUUUAUAUUCGGCCCUUGACGAAUUGCCUUCUCUGGACCCGGAACUAUAUCGUAGUUUAACUUACAUCAAGCGCUAUGAAGGUGACGUUUCCGACUUGUCACUGACAUUUUCGGUAGAUGACGAUUUCAUGGGGAAAUUGAUAACGCAAGAAUUACGACCCGGGGGCAAGGCUAUUCCCGUUACAAACGAGAACAAAAUUUCCUACAUCCACCAAAUGGCCCAUUUCCGCAUGCAUACACAGAUCCGAGACCAGACAUCGGCUUUCUUGAGAGGAUUUCGUACUCUCGUCAACCCUGAAUGGCUCUCCCUAUUUUCUACUCCCGAGAUACAAAGACUCAUUGCCGACGACAAGGAGCCGAUUAACUUCAAAGACUUGCGCAAGCACACGCAAUAUUAUGGGGGUUUUCACGACAACCACCGUGUUAUCUCGUGGCUGUGGGACAUUCUUGACAAUGACCUCAACGAAGAGGAAAAGCGUCUCUUCUUAAAAUUCGUGACUAGUUGUUCCAAGCCCCCUCUUUUGGGAUUUGCUCAUCUACAACCACCUUUCUCGAUUCGCUGCGUGGAAGUCAACGAGGAUGAAGAUAAUGGAGACACGAUAGGAAGCGUUAUUCGAGGUUUCUUUACCAUUCGAAAGCGAGAUCCCAUUAACCGACUGCCAACGUCUUCUACUUGCUUCAAUUUGCUGAAACUGCCAAACUAUCAGCGCAGAAGUACGUUGAAGGAGAAACUCCGUUAUGCCAUAACUAGCAACACGGGAUUCGAACUGUCUUGAAUCACCUCUGCUCGUGUUAAAACAAAAAUUAAAAAAUCAGUCGUUUUUCAAAUAGGUAAGGCGAUCGCCUGACACCAAAAAAACAAACAGUAUAUUUUCCUUUCGCGACAACUGACAGCGUGGAAAAUAAUUAUUCUACCGUUUCUUCUCCUUCCGUUACUUCUUUUAAAUUAAGCAGUUCCAUGUGCCCUUGACCUUUUGUAUCGGACUUGACCAGAUCUUCAAUUUCUCGGAAAUUACCCGGAUCGAUCAAGCAUACCUAUUAUUUAAAAAAAAAAAAAAAAAAUCACAUCAUUGAGCGUAUUUAAAUUUUAACAAGUAGAGA